AUGAAGACGCAGGGCGGCCAGAUGCCAUCAACGGAAGCCAGCGCGCUUGCCGGCUCAGGGCCUGUCUCUCGUGUCAAUAUCGGUUUCGUUGGCGCUCACGGCUGGAGCUCUCCCUUGCUCACCAGUGUCUUGUCCAAGCCCGGCUUCCAGGCUCGUGUCUACGAUAAUUCCUCUCGCCUCUUGGCCGGGCUUGCAGAGCUGGGGGCCAUCACCACAGACAGUCCCGUCGUGGUGGCCCAGCGCAGCCAAAUUGUUGUCUGUGCGACGUCCGACAUCAAGGAGCUAGAGCGCCAUCUUUUCUGCUCCCAGACCGGAAUCUUAUCAGCGCUUCCAAAGCAUUCCGUUGCUCUGCUUUCUCCCAGCACGCACCCAUCAUACUAUCCGUACCUCCUUCGAAGAAUAGCCGAAGAGGGCAGGCCUGACGUCUCGAUACUGGAUGCCGCCUGUCUCGCCAGGUCAUCGCAUGGGAAUCACAACGGGCGCAAUGCACUCGUCCUCUCGGGACCCGCAGCGGCUCUUUCAAAAGCAAAUAAAGUGCUUCAUGGCAUUCCGGAAUGCUUGUGGCCAGUACCCGGAGGGCUUGGCCAGGCCUCAAAAGUGGAAAUGCUUUACCAACUCUUGACCGGCUUGCAUGCGGCUGCAGCUGCCGAGGCAAUGGGCCUGGCGGCCAAGGCUGGGCAGAAUACCCAGGUUACUUUCGACAUCAUAAGCAACGCAGCUGGGACUUCAUCGGCGUUUGAGACGCGGGUUCCGCACAUGCUAUCGGGGGAUCGGAAGUCUCCAGCUACCUGGCGGUCAACACUCAACAGCCUCAGAUCUGCCAUUUCGACAGCACGGAAGCUUCAUUUUCCCCUGCCCCUGACUGCCACUGUAGAGCAGUUAUUCAUAUCUGGCUUGUCGCAGGGCUUUGGCGACGAUGGCGACAGUGCGCUUGUUCACACCUACCUGCCCGAACGCCCCGACCUAGUCAAGGAGAGAGCAUGCCAAACAAGUAUGGACGCGUCUCAUACUUGGACCGGUAGGGCUGGUAUUGACAUUUGCAAGAUUGGAUUCGUUGGCCUGGGGGCCAUGGGCCAGGGUAUGGCCGCGUCCUUGGUCCGGGCUGGCUACCUUGUCCAAGGCCACGAUGUUUCCUGCCCUGCUGUAGAGGCAUUCACCAGCACUGGCCCAAAUGCCAUUGCGGCAAGUUCUCCGGAAGAAGCAAUUAGUGGAUCGGAUGUGGUCCUGCUCAUGGUGCAAAAUGCGAGCCAAAUUGACGAGGUGCUCUUCGGGGACUCCCACCGCGGUGCCGCCGCUUUAUCCAGCGGCUCCGUGGUCGUUGUCAACUCCACGGUUCCACCAGAAUAUGUGCGGAGUGUCAGUUCGAGGCUGACGGAGAUGGGCAAAGGCGUUCUGUUGGUGGAUGCCCCGGUCAGUGGAGGUGUAGCUCGGGCUGCCAACGGCACAUUAACGAUAAUUUGCUCCGGGGAGAAUGAGGGUCUCUCCAAAGUUCGACACGUGCUCCUGGCCAUGGCAGGAGAGGAGCAGAAUUUAUGCCUCGUGCGAGGCGGUAUCGGUAUGGCCUCCUCAGUGAAGCUCGUCAACCAACUUCUCGCAGGAGUUCACAUCGCUGCCGCUGCCGAGGCCAUGGCGUUCGCCGCUCGUCUUGAUCUUGACACCCAACUAGUAUUUGACAUUCUCAAGACGUCGUCGGCAUGGAGUUGGAUGCUUGAAAAUAGAGUUCCACAGAUGUUGAACGGUGAUUGGACCCCGCAUUCCGCUCUAGCCAUUUUCGUCAAAGACCUCGGCAUAGUUCUUGACGAAGCCGCGCGGUUGAACUACUAUGCGCCCAUCUCCUCUGCUGCACACACCUUGUAUCUCGCCGGCGCAGGACACGGCUGGACAAAUGAAUCAGACUCGGGCGUAGUAAGGCUGUGGGAAAUGCUAGGGUCAUCAGUCAGAAGCAAAGCCAACGAGAAGUUUGACAACGACCCGCAAGACCAGGGCGCCAACUCAGCCGCCAACGGGGGGAGCGCUGAAGACGAAAUCAACGUGCCAUUCGUCAUAAACCCCGGCUCUGACAAUUGCAAAGGGAUAAAAAGCCUCGUUGCUGCUACCACGCUCAGGUCGCUGCCACCAGAGUACCCCCAUGACGUUCUCAGUUCCAUCCAAGGAGUGGUCAACAGCGGCCAGGUUCCUACGCUGGUAAUAUUGGACGAUGACCCCACAGGCACACAGACUUGCCACGAUAUUGACGUCUUGACAGUGUGGGAUUCUGCAACCCUAGAUUCCGAGUUCCGUCUUAGCCCCCGUGGUUUCUUCAUCCUGACUAACUCGCGAGCACUCCCGUCUGCAGAGGCUCGAAAGCUAGUUCAAGAAAUAUGCGAAAAUGUGUCUCAAGCAGCAAAAAGAGCCAGCAAGGCUUUUGAAAUCGUCCUCCGAGGAGAUUCCACCUUGCGAGGUCAUCUCCCCGAGGAGCCCGAGGCUGCAGAGGCUGCCCUGGGCGCGUUCGACGGCUGGGUAAUUGCCCCAUUUUUUGCCCAGGGCGGCAGAUACACCAUUAGUGACGUGCAAUACGUGAGAGAAGGCGAUGCACUGGUGCCUGCCAGCCAGACACAGUUUGCUGUUGACGCGACUUUUGGGUAUCGGAACUCCAAUUUGAGACAAUACGUUCUUGAAAAAUGUGGUCCGCGCUUCGACGAUGAUUCCUUCAUCAGCAUUACUUUGGAAGACAUCAGGGAGGGAGGACCUAAGGUGGUGACUGAGAAAUUGCUCUCUGUGGGCCCGGAUCUCAACAGAGUCAUAAUUGUGAAUGCUGUCGCCGAGUCAGAUAUGCAUGUAUUUGUGGCUGGUCUUUUGGAGGCGGAGAAAAACGGCCGGAGAUAUCUCUACCGAACUGGGGCGUCUUUCGUCUCGUCAAGACUUGGCAUCAAGGGCAUCCCGCCACUGACCAUGAAAGACCUAGGCAUUGUUCUAGUUCCUGGCGAAAGACAGUCUGGUGGAUUGGUCGUUGCCGGAUCACAUGUUCCAAAGUCGACGGCACAGUUGGAGGCCUUGACACAACGACUCAAAGCCAAGUUACAAGUGGUGGAGGUCAGAGUACCCGACUUGAUAGCCUCGGGAGAUGCUGCUGAGAAAAUUGUCAGGGCAGCGGCACAGGCCGUUUCCGUGAAGCUUUAUGCUGGUUACGAUGUCGUGGUCAUGACAUCGAGGACGCUCGUGAAAGGUCCAGAUGCCUUGAGUUCAUUAAAUAUUGCGUCUCAAGUUGCCAUGGCUCUCGUUCAGUUGAUGGAACUCAUUGAUGUCCAUCCGAGGUACAUUAUCGCCAAGGGUGGCAUUACUUCGUCCGAGACCGCCACCAAAGGCCUCAAAAUGAAGCGCGCCAGGGUGUUGGGCCAAGCAGCUCCCGGGGUGCCGCUCUGGCGAUGUGAUGAGCAAACAAGCCGUCACCGGGGCGUUCCAUUCGUGGUUUUUCCUGGAAACGUCGGCACUAAAGACACUUUGGCAGACCUUGUGGAAGCGUGGGCAAUUCCGGACGGGGCAUUUUAA